AUGAAACUUCAAAGGCCUUUAAUUUUGCUACAGGUUCAAGUCUUGAUCGUGGUAAUUAGCAGAGGCUUAGCGAGUGGAGAAGCCUUUGAUAACUGCUUCAGUAAUGCUGUUGGAGUUUCCGAUUCAAGUAUCAUCCUUGACGGCUUCCUGAGGGCAUCAAGUCAUUAUCAAAGAAACGGUUACAUAGCCCUACCAUCGUAUGGACGUCUGAACGGUACCAGAGGCGAUGGAUGGUGCGCCGAAAAAAAUGAUGAUAAUCAGUGGCUUCAAGUCGAUCUCGGGAAAAUUAUUGAAGUUUGCGCUGUUGCAACCCAAGGAGACAUCAGUGGCAAUCAAAGGGUGAUAGACUUUAAACUAGCGCUGUCUAAAUCCUAUGAGGAAGUAUGGCCAGCUUAUAAGGAUGCUAACGACUUAGAAGUGAAAUUUCGCAGGGAAGGUGGAUCCAACACAAUUAACCAACAUCCAUUGGGAGUUCCAGUUUAUGCAAGAUACAUUCGUUUUCUUCCAGUUACUUGGGAAGCUCUUAUCUGUCUCAGAGUUGAGGUUUAUGGAUCCGUUA